CAGCAACUUUCGCUGCGGCGUCAUGCGAAGCUCACUCCACCACACUUUCACUCUCCACUCCAGCUCCAAGACACUCCAAUUGAGCCUCAAAAUGUACUCAAUUGCUGCCCGUGUUGGCCUACGGGCUGCUCGUCCUGUCGCUCUUCGCACGGUCGCUCGCCGAUUCGAACACAGCGCCAGCGCUGCCGAGCGAGGUCAAUCGAAAGGUGCUCUGCAGCAAGGUGCUAAGCGCGAUCCUGAGCUCUACAUCCUCUUUGCCAUCAUGUCUGGCAUCAUUGGCAUUGCCGGCUGGCACUUCUCCCGAUCACCAACCACAUCUGCAUCCGAGAAGACCGUCGCAAAGGUGCCUGACUCGGAAGCGUGGAAGACUGGCCGCUCCGCCAUCUACCAGUACCACCCGGGAGGAGACACCAAGCAGGAGCCAAAGGAUGCGCCGUCCACUCUCAGCGUGGUCAUCGUGCCAAACGUAAAUCUGCCAAAGGAGCUGCAUGAGAAGUAUAACAAGUACGGCAAGGAGGGCUUCGACUAUUAGACCAAAGAUUUGCAAGCCGCGAUGGCGUGACUCUCGCUUUGGGACGGAUUCUGGAAAUGUCGGCAGAGUGUGAUGCUGAGUAUGCAUCUUUGUACAAAUGAGAAAUCUCUGGCAUGUAAAAGAAUCGCACUUUCUUUUGUGUACUACACUGAGCUAGAGGUCCUACGCACAGAAAUCGUCACACUGCCCUUUGCGUUGCGAAUUUCCAAGCAUUUUGCGGACCCCC